AUGUCGAAACGAUUGGCACAGAAGAUGCCGCAGCUUUCGCGGCCCGACUUGUUGCGAGACAAGAUGCUGAUCAACGGAGUAUGGCGGGGCGCUGCGUCGAGCUUCGAGGUGACGGACCCAGCGACCACUGCAGUGAUUGGCACAGUUCCAGAUGCUACUCGCGCGGACACCCAGGAGGCGAUUGAGGUAGCCAAGGAGGCGUUCAAGAGCUUCCGUCACAAGACUGCUCGUGAGCGUUCUGAUUUGCUGCGCAAGUGGGCUUCGCUGCUCCGGGAUCACUCCCAGGACCUUGGCCGCAUUGUCUCUCUGGAGAAUGGCAAGCCGUUCGCUGAGGCACACGGUGAGGUUCUUGCCUGUGCCCAGAACUUUGAGUGGUUCAGCGAGAGUGCCCCUCACUACACUGGCGACACAAUUGCUUCCCAGAACCCCAAUGUUCGAUUGCAUACCAUUAAGCAGCCCGUCGGCGUUUGUGGAAUCAUUACCCCCUGGAACUUCCCUGCUUCUAUGAUUGCUCGCAAGGUUGGUGCUGCAUUGGCUGCUGGAUGCACCACUGUUAUCAAGCCUGCUAGCGAGACUCCUUAUUCUGCGUUGGCCAUGGCCUACUUGGCUGCUGAGGCCGGGGUGCCCGAUGGCGUCAUCAACGUCGUUACUACCCAUUCGAACACCAAGGACGUUGGCCAUGAGCUGUGCACUUCUCCCUUGGUCUCUAAAAUCACUUUCACCGGAUCCACCCCCAUUGGAAAGCUUUUGAUGAACCAGGCGGCCUCCACCGUCAAGAAGGUCUCUUUUGAGCUCGGUGGUAACGCUCCCUUCAUCAUUUUCGAGGACGCCGAUAUUGACAAGGCUGUUCAGGGCGCCAUGGCCUCCAAGUUCCGCGGUUCCGGCCAGACCUGCAUCUGUGCCAACCGGUUCUUUGUCCACGAAAAGGUUCACGACGAGUUUGUCACCAAAUUCGCCGCCGCCAUCUCCAACCUCAAGCCUGGCCACGGCCUCGAUGAGGGCACCACACAGGGUCCUGUUAUCAACAGCAAGAGCAUGGCAAAGGUCACUGAGCAUGUUAAGGAUGCCCUUGCCAAUGGCGGUAAGCUCGUGGUUGGAGGUGAGCCCCUGUCUGAGCUCGGCCCCAACUUCUUUGCCCCCACACUCAUCACCAAUGGCAACCAGAACAUGAAGGUUUUCAAAGAGGAAACGUUCGGCCCUUUGGCUGUUGUUGCCAAGUUCUCCUCUGACGCUGAGGUUGUCGAGCACGCCAACUCCGUCGAGGUUGGUCUGGCUGGCUACUUCUUCACCAAGGACCUGGUUCGUGCCAACCUGGUUGCCGAGGCUCUCGAGGUCGGCAUGAUUGGCAUCAACACCGGUCUUAUCACCGAGGUUGCCCUGCCCUUCGGUGGCAUCAAGGAGUCUGGCUUCGGCCGCGAGGGAUCCCGAUACGGCCUUGACGACUACACUGUUAUCAAGACUGUUGCCACCUCUCUUGCUUGA